CAGUCUUGUAGAAUUAGCCUACCUUGUAAGUUCUAGUGCUGGCAUUAAUAAUCAAAGUGACAGGGCGGAGGGACUAUUUGUUUUGUAGCCGGUAACUACGUAUGUAGUUCUGUGUCACAGCCAUUUCUUUGUAAUAUAACGUGGACUAUCCCAAACAUUACAUUUUGUUCCUAGGAUUAUGUAGUUUGUACGAGGGAACACACAUUGGAGUUGAAUAAAGCUCUUCUUGCACGGCGCUAAGACCAAGGGGAGCUUCUAUUGCCAAAUCCAGCAGUGCACUCACGAGGGAGUCCUCCUCGUUUCUGCGCGGUGAUUGGGUGGAAGAUGGCGCUGGGCGAAUGGAAAUCCUAAUGACAGUUUCCAAAUUUGCCUCUUUUUGUACCAUGGGCGCCAAUGCCUCCGCUCUGGAGAAAGAGAUUGGCUCAGAGCAGUUUCCAGUCAAUGAGCACUACUUCGGAUUGGUCAAUUUUGGAAACACCUGUUACUGUAACUCAGUGCUCCAAGCCCUCUACUUCUGCCGUCCGUUCCGGGAGAAGAUCCUGGCUUACCGCAGCCAACCGCGGCGUAAGGAAAACCUGCUCUCCUGCCUGGCUGACCUGUUUCACAGCAUUGCAAACCAGAAGAGGAAGGUGGGAGUUAUCCCUCCAAAGAAGUUCAUUACACGACUACGCAAAGAGAACGAGCUGUUUGAUAACUACAUGCAGCAGGAUGCCCAUGAGUUCCUGAAUUACCUGCUGAACACCAUCGCUGACCUGCUGCAGGAGGAGAGGAAGCAGGAUAAGCAGAACGGUCGCCUUGCCAACGGGACGCUGGACUCCCAGAACAACAACAGCAACGCCGCGCCCGCCCCGACCUGGGUCCACGAGAUCUUCCAAGGCACGCUGACCAAUGAGACGCGUUGCCUGACUUGCGAAACAAUUAGCAGCAAAGACGAGGACUUUCUGGACCUGUCAGUGGAUGUGGAACAGAACACCUCCAUCACACACUGCCUUAGAGGGUUCAGUAAUACGGAGACCCUGUGCAGUGAGUAUAAGUACUACUGUGAAGAAUGUAGAAGCAAACAGGAGGCUCACAAAAGGAUGAGAGUGAAGAAGCUGCCUAUGAUCCUGGCCCUGCAUCUCAAGCGCUUCAAGUACAUGGAGCAGCUGCAGCGCUACACCAAACUGUCCUAUCGUGUCGUCUUCCCGCUAGAGCUCCGCCUCUUCAACACCUCCGGAGACGCCACCAAUCCAGAGAGGCUGUACGACCUUGUCGCAGUCGUGGUGCACUGUGGGAGCGGUCCAAACCGAGGGCAUUACAUCGCCAUUGUAAAGAGUCACGACUUCUGGCUGCUGUUUGACGAUGACAUCGUAGAGAAAAUCGAUGCUCAAGCCAUAGAGGAGUUCUACGGACUGACCUCUGAGAUCUCCAAGAACUCAGAGUCUGGAUACAUCCUCUUCUACCAAUCCAGAGACUGAACCUGGAGGAGAGAGCCUCCGUUGGGCAGCAGGAGACGAAAAAAUAAAAAUAUUAAAAAAAGCUUUGUACCCGCAGCGGGAGGUGGAGGGGUCCUUGCAGCCCUUAUGGUGUCAUACCUGCACAGGUGUUAUUCAGACCUGUGCAUCAGAAACAGACCCUGCAGCCCAGCCUCAGACCAAACCUGCACCCCUACACCACCCACCCCGCCCGCCCGACUGCCUGCCCCCGCCCCUAACCCCUCCCGCGUCCAUCACCCUGGCCGGAGAUGGGCUGCAGUGGUGUCAAGGUUGAGUUGACAGCUUCAAGGUGUCGUCAAGAGUUUAAAGACGUAUACAAAGAGGGUUGUACAGAGGCUGUGGUGAAUGAUGCUCUGGUUUUAGCAUGGGGGGGAGGGGAGGGGCGCUAGGGGGGGUAUUUAACGAUUCAUAUGUUGUACUAUUGGCCAGGUGUCUGCUCUCCCACACACUGUAACUCUGCAAUGCUGCCUGGGGCUCAGACCAGUGGACUGGAGAGAGAGAGGGGGGUGGAGAGGGGGGAGGG